AUGUCGGCCGUCCAGCAGAACCUCGAGGCCGCUUCUGCCAAGUAUUCGUCCACGUUUACCCAGGGACACCUUGCUCUUCCUCCAUCCAAGCAGUACCUUGUCCUGACUUGCAUGGACGCUCGCAUCGAUCCUGCCGCCGCAUUUGGCAUUGAGCUAGGUGAUGCCCACGCUGGUGCUUCUGCCCGUGACGCACUCCGUUCUAUCAUCAUCUCGGAGCAGCUGCUUGGCACCACCGAAAUCAUUCUUGUUAAGCACACUGGUUGCGGCAUGCUCACUUUCACUAACAAGGAUGCCUACGAGAUUGUUGAGAAAAACCUUGGUGCUGAGGCUGCCCUUGAGCUCAAGGAGAGGAACCUGGAUUUCCUGCCGUUCCCUGACUUGGAAAAGGCUGUCCGUGAGGACAUUGAUUUUAUCAAGAGCACCAAGCUGGUGCCGGACAAUGUAAUCUUGAGUGGUUGGAUCUAUGAGGUUGAGACUGGAAAGACCAGGCGUGUUGUUUGA